AACUGACGGGAUGAAUCGUAAAUGAAGUCGAAAUCAUAAGCAAAACUAAGUGGAAACCUGCACACACUUUCCGAUUCUCCCCCACACAUAAUAAUAAGUUAUAACAAUAUAGAAGGCAGCCAUUUCCGUGGGCAACCAACCUUCCUUCGUCUCUUCUAUCGCAUUACUCUCCGCUUUUUACGCCACCAUCACCGCCUCUGAAACCCACCGGCCAUACUUUUAUCUCUUCCCAUCUCCAAAAACCGCAAGCCAAAACCUUUACACUAGAGCGGGCGAGUGUUGCAGUUCCUCCCCUUUAUGCUGUUGACAUGAACCUUUGGACGGACGAUAACGCCUCCAUGAUGGAGGCCUUUAUGGCCUCAACUGAACUCCCCGGGUUUCCUUGGACUCCGACGCCGAUGUCUUUGGGUAAUAAUCCUUCCUCCCUCGCCGGGGCCACCAAGCCGGCUUAUUUUACACAGGAUAAUCUGCAACAGAGGCUGCAGAUGCUGAUCGAAGGGGGCAGGGAGAAUUGGACCUAUGCGAUUUUCUGGCAGUCGUCUAAUGACGCUGGGUCGGGUGCGAUAAUUCUUGGCUGGGGUGAUGGGUACUACAAGGGCAGCGAGGAGGGGAAGACGAAGCAGAAAGCGAAAACGGCCGCCUCCGCGGCGGAGCAGGAAAACAGGAAGCGUGUGCUUCGUGAAUUAAACUCUUUGAUCUCCGGCGGCGCAUCCGGGUCCUCGCCUGAGGAUGCGGUGGAGGAGGAGGUUACCGACACGGAGUGGUUUUUUCUUGUUUCCAUGACUCAAUCCUUCAUCAAUGGCCACGAUCUUCCGGGACAGGCUUUUCUCUCUGGCGCGCCUUCUUGGUUUUCAGGCGCCGAUCGGCUCGCCAUGGAGUCCUGCGAGCGCGCCAGACAGGCGAAUAAUUUGGGGAUCCGGACAAUGGUCUACGUUCCGGUGGGAACCGGCGUCCUGGAGUUCGGAUCGACGGAGGUUAUCUUCCAUAAUGCGGAGAUAAUGAACAAGGUUAAGGCUCUGUUCGUUUGCAACGGCCAAGAAAGCUCCGCCGCCGCGGCGCUCUGGUUGCCGCCGGUUGUGGCAGAUCAAAUUGAAACUGAUCCGUCGACGAUUUGGAUCUCAGAUCCGUCCGUCAUAGGGAUCAAGGACUCGGUUUCUCCACCAACUGCCAAUAUCUCUCCUUCAAAAUCCCCAUUUCCUUUGCACAAUCCUAGCACCAGUGACCUCACCGAAAGCCCAAAUAUGAUUCCAAUCAAUCAACCGCAACAAAACCGACAUCAACCAGUGAAUCAGCAGCAGCCAUUCUACAGCAGUAAGUUCAGUUUCUCAGAUAUUACUCUCAAUAACGCCGCCCCUUCCCAGCAGUUCAAGCCGGACUCCGGCAAUGUCCUCAACUUUGGGGAAAUCAAGAGGAAUUCAGUUUCUUCCGCUCCCUCACCCCAGCAACAAAUCAUGGAGGAUAAGAAAACAAAGAGAACCGCCAAGGUUACCACGUCCCUUGAAAGCAACGAACAGGGCAUGCUCUCCUUCUCCUCAGCCCGCCCCGUGUCUGCCGAACAAGAAAAAGUCUCGGCUGCUGCCGAUUCUGACCACUCCGAUCUCGACGCCUCAGUGCGCGAGGCUGAGAGCAGCAGGGUGGUGGAGCCCGAGAAGAAGCCGCGGAAGCGCGGCCGCAAGCCGGCCAACGGUCGGGAGGAGCCUCUCAAUCAUGUGGAGGCAGAACGUAUGCGGCGUGAGAAACUGAACCAGAGGUUCUACGCGCUGCGCGCCGUCGUCCCCAACGUCUCAAAGAUGGACAAGGCUUCGCUUCUCGGCGACGCCAUAUCUUACAUCACUGAGCUGAGAUCAAAGCUGCAAGCACUGGAGAGUAACAACGAGCAGCUGCAGUUACAGCUCGAGUCGAUCAAGGAGGAGAGCGAUGCUGGGAGCUCACGACCCCUGCUACCUCGCAUAGCGGCGACGGUGGAGCAUGAGCUAAAGGCGAUGAAUGGUCCCCUGCGGUCCUCCGGUGUGGAGAUUGAGGUGAAGCUUCUCGGCGUGGAAGCAAUGAUACGUAUACAGUGCCAACGUAAGAACCAUCCGGCGGCGAGACUGAUGGCUACGCUCAAGGACUUGGAUCUUGAGCUAUACUACGCCAGCGUUUCAGUGGUCAAGGACCUCAUGAUCCUGCAAGCAACGGUAAAGAUGUCGAGUUGCGGGUACACGCAGGAGCAGCUCAGCUCCGUGCUCUUCUCCCGCGUUGCAGAGCCAUUACCCCGCCACUAGGUACAGAUAAAAGGCCAAUUUCUCCUCACUGGAACCAGUUCUCUCUCUCUCUCUCUCUCUCUCUCUCUCUGAUGCUGAUGAGAUUAGAUUAUAAAAGUUCGAUAAUAAUUUUUAGAAUUUUUAUUAAGGUAGUUAACACUUACAAUAAUAGUUGUUUACUCUUUUAGUGUUCAAUGUAAUGUAAAUUUUAGUUAUGUAAGAGUUGUCAAAAUGACAUUUUGGCUUUCUUUCUUCUAUGGC